AUUAUGUUACGAAUUAUCUGUUUUCUGAUUAUUGCGCUAGUUUCAUUAAGUCAGAGUGAUGGAGUUAAUAUUGCUGAUGAUUUUUCAACAGAAAUAUUCUCAGAACUUCUAAAUGAUUGGGGGUAUGAACAUUUGGGACAACGAUUCAAGCGACAUCCCCACCCACGAGAUGAAAUGGAGUGUUGUGGUGAUCCACCGAAUCAAGAUACUAUGGAAAUGGUAAAAGAAUGUUUCGAAAGUAUGAAAGCACGUGGUCGGCCUAACAGCGACGAAGAGGGAAUGAAUAGAGGAUUGUGCUUAGCGGACUGUGUUGGAAAAAUACGCAAAGUGGUAAAUGAUAAUGGGAUUGUUGAUAAAGCAACAUUCGUGGUAGAAUUAAAAAAAUAUGAUUCUGAUGAAUGGCGCCAAGAACAAAUGGAAAAAUCUUAUGACAUUUGCAUUGAAGCAGCAGAAAAGUUCAAAGUAAAAAUGGCGGAAAAAAUUUCUGAUUUAGAAUGUGAUCCACUUGCCGCUGGGUUUUUCCAUUGCCAAAUGCGUGGAAUAGUUAAAAAUUGUCCAGAUGAUAAAUUCAAAGCUGAUCAAAAAAAAUGUACUUGGUUAAAAGAAAUGUUAGAGAGGAGCAUAGAAGAAAUGUAAACGACUUUGUAACAUAAUUUUACUAAUACUAAUGGAUAAAUUUUUAAAAUUGUGUUUCAACUCUCCAACAAAACCUAUCAAGAAUUAUUGCUUAUGAAUCUGGGAUAACUAUCUAAUUGGCGUACCUAUGGAAAAUAACCCUCGUUGGGAAUGUAUGCAACAAGAGCUAAGAGUGGAGAUGAAACACUAUUCUUGGAAUUUCUCCAUUAAUAGUAGUAAAAACGUAAUAGAUUUUUAUUAAAUUUUCUAAAAUCA